UCUUCCAAUAACAUAUAUAUCAAAUACAAAACCCCAAAAGCAUGAAUCCUCGGUUUUACUUCCUUCUUGCCUUUGCCGCAGUUUUGGCCGCCACGACCGCAAACGCACAACCUGUUCUCGAUAUCGAUGGAGACAUCAUAUUCGGCGGCAGCUACUACGUUCUUCCCGUCAUCCGUGGCCAGGGAGGCGGCGUGACUCUCUCCGGCCGCGGUGAUCAGCCAUGUCCUCUCGACAUCGUUCAGGAAUCAUCCGAGGUCGACGAGGGUAUCCCCGUAAAAUUCUCAAACUGGAGGUCUAGAGUUGGGUUUGUUCCCGAAUCAGAGAGCCUCAACAUCGAGACGGACAUCGCAGCCACUGUCUGCGUCCAGUCAACCUACUGGUGGAUUGAUGCGACGUGGCGUGUGACAGCUGGUCCGAAGCCAGAAGGGUUCGGAGAAGAUUCCUCGCGUAGUUUCUUCCAGAUCCAGAAAGCUGACGAGCAUUUCUACAAGUUUGCGUUUUGUCCUAACGUUCGUGCAGGUAGCAGCAAAGUUUCAGCGUCCGAGUGGGGAUGCGUCGAUGUUGGGAUACUUGUGGAUGAAAACGGCGUUCGUCGUUUGGCUUUAGCCAAUAGGCCAUUCUUGGUUAUGUUCAAGAAAGCUAAUGUGCCAGAGGUCUCCGCCAAGACUAUGUCUACCUAAGAGAGAAAGUUACUAAAUGAAGAGGAUAAUAAUAAUCAUAAAUUAAGACUGCUAAAAUAAAAACUCGCACUGUGUUUCUCUGUUUCCUUUUUUCAUCACAUCUGGAAUAAAACAUAUUUCCUCUU